UUGGAAUUUCCAUAAUGUGGGCUGUUUUAGCUUUCUUGUGCUUGUCAGCAAGAGCAGCAUUUUCACAGCCUAAUAGCCAAGUUCCUGCCUUUUUCAUAUUUGGAGAUUCUUUAGUUGACAAUGGCAACAACAACGGAAUCCUCACUCUUGCCAGGGCUAAUUACAUGCCUUACGGCCUCGACUUUCCUCAGGGCACCACUGGCCGUUUCACCAACGGCCUCACUUUUGUCGAUGUUUUAGCUAAAUUGUUGGGCUUCCCCAACUAUAUUCCUCCCUUUGCUGCAAUUCGUGGCCGAGCACUGCUUCAGGGUGCAAACUAUGCAUCUGGAGCUUCUGGGAUCAGAGAUGAAACUGGAAAUAAUCUGGGAGCCCACGUCUCAAUGAACCAGCAGGUAGAUAACUUUGGUAGAACAGUGCAGCAGCUAAGGCGAUUCUUCAGAGGAAAUGGGAACGCGCUGGCCGCCUAUCUCAGCAAGGCCAUCUUCUACUGCGGAUUGGGAAGCAACGACUACCUCAACAACUACUUCAUGCGCGAUUACUACUCAACCAGCUCCCGCUAUACACCAAAGGCUUAUGCUGAAUCCCUCCUCCAGGAUUAUGCCAGACAAUUGACAGCGCUCUACAACUUGGGAGCACGGAAAGUUAUUGUGACUGGAGUUGGACAGAUAGGGUGCAUACCCUAUCAGCUGGCGCGUUACAAUGGAAGUGGAAGCAGGUGCAACGAAGAGAUCAACAAUGCAAUCAUCCUUUUCAACAGUGGUCUCAAACAGCUGGUGGAUCAAGCCAACAGAGGUCAGCUGCCAGGGUCGAGAUUCGUCUACCUUGAUUCAUAUUUCAGCAGCCAAGACCUUGUCCAGAAGGCCAGAACAUACGGAUUUGAUGUGGUGGACAAAGGAUGCUGUGGAGUAGGAAAGAACAAUGGCCAGAUAACUUGUCUUCCCCUCCAAACUCCAUGUGAUAACAGACAGAAAUACAUAUUCUGGGACGCGUUUCAUCCAACUGAAGCUGCCAACAUUUUGCUUGCAAAGAAUGCUUAUAGUUCAAAGUCUAAAUCUUUUGCUUAUCCCAUUAACAUACAGCAACUGGCUGCACUCUAGGUCAAGAUUCUAACUUGAUUGUUUCCGAAUUUCUGUAAUUUCAAGUCUUUGUAUUGAGGAAACAUACUCCUCUGAACUCCAAUCUUUCAUCUUCUGUAACUUUUGCUACUGAUGUGCAACAUUUGUUGAGUUGGAAUUUAACCAAUGAUUCAUUCAACAAUA